AUAAAGCAGGCGGCUGCGUUGACCUCCCCCCGGAUUCACCUCUAGUGCGAAGCCAUGUUUCGGUCUCUGCGACGCGUCCGGCAGCUUAACUGCAACCUCCUGACUUCGCAAAGAGUCCGCGUCGACUCCAAACUGCACGUCUGCGCGUCCAGAAUGGCCACCGCAGAGUACAGGCUCGAGCGGGACACGUUCGGCGAGCUCAAGGUCCCAGCUGACAAGUACUACGGCGCCCAGACAGUCAGAUCCACCAUGAACUUCAAGAUAGGAGGUCCAAGUGAGCGGAUGCCCAUCCAAGUGAUCAAGGCGUUUGGCAUCUUGAAGAAAGCGGCCGCCGAGGUCAACAAGGAGUUCGGCCUCGACCCGAAGAUAGCAGACGCGAUCAUCCGGGCGGCAGAGGAGGUAUCGGCUGGAAAACUGGACGAUCAUUUCCCUCUGGUGGUGUGGCAGACUGGAUCCGGGACUCAGAGCAACAUGAACGUCAACGAGGUGAUCAGCAACCGAGCCAUCGAGAUCCUGGGCGGCAAACUGGGCUCCAAGGACCCCGUCCACCCCAACGACCACGUCAACAAGAGCCAGAGCUCCAACGACACCUUCCCCACCGCCAUGCACAUCGCCGCGGCCACGGAGGUCCACCACGUCCUGCUGCCCGGCCUGCAGACCCUGCACGCCGCCCUGGCCGCCAAGUCCGAGGAGUUCAAGGACAUCAUCAAGAUCGGCCGUACGCACACCCAGGACGCCGUGCCGCUCUCGCUCGGGCAGGAGUUCAGCGCCUACGUGCAGCAGGUCAAGUACAGCAUCGAGAGGGUGAAGGCCGCCAUGCCCCGGGUGUACGAGCUGGCGGCGGGGGGCACGGCGGUCGGCACGGGGCUCAACACCCGCAUCGGCUUCGCCGAGAAAGUGGCCUCCGCCGUGGCGUCCCUCACGGGCCUGCCGUUCGUGACGGCGCCCAACAAGUUCGAGGCCCUGGCGGCCCACGACGCCCUGGUGGAGCUGAGCGGGGCGCUGAACACGGUGGCCGUCAGCAUGAUGAAGAUCGCCAACGACAUUCGCUUCCUGGGCUCGGGCCCCCGCUCGGGCCUCGGGGAGCUCAUCCUGCCGGAGAACGAGCCGGGGAGCAGCAUCAUGCCGGGCAAGGUGAACCCCACCCAGUGCGAGGCCAUGACCAUGGUGGCGGCCCAGGUGAUGGGAAACCACGUGGCGGUCACCAUCGGCGGCAGCAACGGGCACUUUGAGCUCAACGUCUUCAAGCCCAUGAUGAUCAAGAACGUGCUAAACUCGGCGCAGCUGCUCGGCGACGCGUCCGUCUCCUUCACCAACAACUGCGUGGUGGGCAUCGAGGCCAACAGGGAGAGGAUCAACAAGCUGAUGAGCGAGUCCCUCAUGCUGGUCACCGCCCUGAACCCGCACAUCGGCUACGACAAGGCGGCCCUCAUCGCCAAGACGGCUCACAAGAAGGGCUCCACGCUGAAGGCCGUGGCCGUGGAGCUGGGCUACCUGACGGAGGAGCAGUUCGACAACUGGGUGAAGCCCAGCGAGAUGCUGGGGCCCAAGUGAGCGCGGGAAACGCUACGGAGAGAGAGAGAGAGAGAGAGCGAACGACAGAGGAAACAAAAGGCUCGGCCAGUCCGAGCAAAGGCGGCUUCCGUUUAAAUCAAAGCGGCAGAAGAGUACGAAACUGACGUCACAUUUUGAGAAUCUCGUUGCAUGCAGCUUCCUGACGUUUUACAAACUCAUUGUAAAAAAACGUCACUCUAAUACACUUAAAACACGGAAUGCACCAAUUCGAUUGACAAGGUGUACAUGUGUGUAUUUGUUUACCAACUAUGUCAAGUCUUAAAACUUUUUGACUCUUGGUUGGUCAGAUCACACGGUGCCAUCUCAAAAUGAUUCAACGUGGACUUCAGUAACCGGUGUGCUCUGGUUUACAGUAUACGUGCCAUUUCAAUAAAAAUCUGUUGUUUAAGCUUUU